AAAGCUCCGAUAAAAGUCAAUAAACUUGUGCCACCUCGUCCUUUUCCGACUGUACCCGUUGGCGUCAAUGCUACUGGCCCGCGUUCUGCUCACCACGAAGGGAAGAACUUCAUAGCUAUCACGCGCAAAACAUCUCUUGGCGCGUAUCUCAGACGAUGUAAAGACAUCGUCCUCAAAGACGGCUACAAAUCUUUGCACCUGAGCGCUCUUGGCGCCGCGAUACCACACCUCAUGACACUCGCUGUCUCUCUGUCUGCUGUUCUCCCUUACGCCGCCGAUGAAAUCCACAUCGAAACCCUCACCGGCACGGUCGAGGUACAGGACGAACUUAUACCGGACGACGAGGACGAGGACAUAUCGUACCGAACUCGGGGUAAGUCCAGCGUCAGCGUCGUCAUCACGAUAGGAGACGGC